ACAACUACAACAUCUAAAACAGCAUGGCGGAUAUGUGGCCAGAGGUGGCAACUGCGAAAGAAGAAAACAGACGAGAACUCAAUCUCCACGGUCCAGAAAUAAGUGAAAGGAUUGAGAAAAGAGGGUUUGAUAAGCAUGUGUUCGAUCUGGUUGGUUUGAAUUAUCUAGACGUACGGAAAACAUGUAUGACGGAAUUAUCUGUUUCUGUUUCGAAGUUGGUCAACCUAAACACGCUGAUAUUGCACAACAACAGGCUAACGACACUACCGGAAUCGGUAGGUGAUUUGAAGAAAUUGAAAUUGUUGGACGUAUCUUCCAAUAAAAUAGAAUCUUUUCCAAAUCUUGACGGCCUAACUGAGCUGCAGUCUAUUAAUGCCAGUGGUAACCAGUUAUCGGCAUUCCCAGGUGUUUCAACCCUCACGAAUCUACACAUCCUCAAUCUCUCGCAUAAUGAGUUACAAGCACUACCGGACGGGAUCGGAGACGACAAGUUGGAGUAUCUGGCACAAAUCCUCGCUGAUAACAACGCCAUCACCCAGGUUCCAGAUGACUUGGCCAACCUAGUUCGUUUGCAUACCCUUGAUUUGUCUUUUAACAAAAUUACUGAACUUCCCUCCCAACUAAGUGAAUGUCAAAAGUUGAAAGAAUUUAAUGUUAAGGGAAAUAAAUUCAAAGAUAGGAAGUUAACCAAACUGGUGGAACAGAGUCAUGGAAAGUCGGUGCUGAACUUCCUUGGCGUUCAACUGCAGAAAGAACAGGCAAGUGAGAUGGGUAAAAAGGGAGGAAAAGAUAAGAAAAAGAAAAAGAAGAAAGGAGGGUCAAAAGAUGAAGUCGAAGAACUGGCUAAAGAUAUCAUUGAUGUUCUCCAUUUCCCAUCAGAAACUGGAAUUAUUGUUCAAGUAAAACCUGCCGUUCUUUCUGUUCGUCCAUAUUUUGUCUGUUGUAUUGUCCGAAAACUGAAUUUCAAGAAGUCUCUUAACAUGUUCAAGAGGUUCAUCACACUUCAGACGAGACUACACGACACAAUCUGCGAAAAGAGACAAACUGCAACCAUUGCUACACAUGACCUCAAACUUGUGAAGCCAGAGCUUGUGUAUGAUGCCCGCUCCCCACAGGCCAUUAGGGUUGUGCCCUUGUUCAAGUCAUCCGAGGUCACAGCUGCAAAGUUGGUUUCUGAUCUGCGUAAAGAGGCCGAUGAAGUCAGGAAGGAGAAGAAACGGAACACGUUCAGUGGCAUUCACAAAUACCUGGAUCUGUUGAAGGAUAAAGCGCAUUACCCGUGCUUGCUUGAUGGAGAUGGUCAUGUGAUCUCAUUUCCACCAAUCACUAACAGUGACAAGACAAAAAUCUCCCAGGACACGACUGACAUUCUGGUAGAGGUGACGAGUUCCUCCUCCCUGGAUGUGUGUAAGAAGGUGGCUGAUGAGCUGCUGCGGGAGAUGCUGGUGAUGGGGGUGGGGACCCCCGUAGAGGAGGCUGCGGAGGCUGCUGCUGACGGUGGAGAAGGAGAUGCUGACGCCAUUCAGAAACUGGUUGUCGAACAGGUCCGGGUCAUUGAUCAUGAAGGGGGGUUGAAGGUGGUGUAUCCAUCUCGCACAGACUUGCCUCUCGACAUCUACGAGGUCACCCGGGAGUGAGAUGCUGGCGGGAUUGUCAUCUACCCGGCCUGAAAGUUAAACCCACAGCUGCUUUAAGCUGAGUAACCUGCCUGCCUUAAAAUAUAAACUUUCAAUUGUCGGAAAACUGAAGCUCUUUGUAAAAAUUACAAAUAAAAUGUACAAUAAAAUGAGAAUCGGGUGACCUGGCACAUUGUCUGCCACUGUGCCCCAGCACGUCCUCAUGCUAUCAACCACCAGUUUCCCAUGUCAAUUCUCCAUUGUUUAACUGUGGUUUGACCCCCUAGAUUAUCUGGCCCAGAUCGGAUUAUUUACAGACCACCGUCAUGUAGCUGGUGUAUUGCUGAGUGUGUUGAACAAGAAGCACACUCUGUAUUCUAUUGGCUAUGGUGAGUUAAAGUUUGUGUUAAAUGUCAUGAAUGGGCUAUUGAGUUCAUAGUUUCAUGUAUUGAUGAUGUUUCUCUUAGGCGACACUUUUUUUUAUUUCUUGGUUUAUGGAUUUCAAACUCAUUUCAAAAGUGAGGUAGGCCAAUUCAGAAAAAAAAGCCUUCUAGUGAUUUGUUUUACUUGAAUUUUGACCUAAAAAGUUAGGUAGGUAUGAAAAAAAAUAUUCUGGAGAAACAAAAGUAAAAUAACUCAAUUUUUCAAGAACAUUUGAUUAUAUCCCUGGCACUAAGCUUGUACAAUAUAACUGGUCACCAAUGCGCUUUGCGUUGACGAGCUUUGAUGGAUCCCAGUGAGACUUCCCCUUGGUUUACACUCGCGUUGCAAAUGAAAUCUUUUCUUUUUAUGUAUUUUUUUAAGUAAAGAUCUGCGGUAAUAAAAAAAGGAGUGAUUUGUAUUUUUGUAUUUUUUCAACAUUUGGACUUUGAAAGAGCGGCGCAUCUGUAAACCAUGUAAUAUAAGAAAUGUUGCCUGAUGGGAGUUCUUCAUUUUGUGUGCAGUUGUCAUAUUUCAGACCAGAGAAAUUUACUGGUGCUACAUUUGCAAUAAUAUGGGAAAUUCUGCUAGAAUGGAGAAUAUGAAUAGAGAAAUAUGUUCUUGGGUAUGGUAUAACGAAACCUUUUUUGUGAAAUCAAACAAAAAUGAACUUAUUGAUAUCAAACUGGUAUUGAGAAAUUAUUUUGAUUGUCUAUGAAUUUUCAGUCAAAUGUAAUAUGAUUGAUAUCUAUUGACGAUUCAUCAAACUGUCUCUUUCAUAAUCUUGUUUGUUUAUUACUGUUUUAGUUGCAGGGAGAUCAUGUAGGUUUGUUGGAUGAAAUGAGGCAUGUUUAAAUCUUGUCUCGUUGGUGGAGAAUUAAAGAUUGUGCUACCACAGUGAAAGAUUUACAUAAGUAAAUCAUGUACAAACUUUUGAAACAGUCCCUCAUGCCAUUUGUUUUGUUGGUGUCAAUGUAAACAUUGAAUUGAGCUAUUUAUUUUUCAGAUAGUGCUAUCUAUUGAUCAGGAAGUUUGUUUUGAUUUUUAAUAGAGAAAAGAAAUGAAAUCUGUAGCUUGUUGGUUUGUUAGUAUUUAGGGCUGACCUGGGCAAGUCAUCCGUCAUCUUCCAUAAACUUUUACUUGUACAUGGACUUCUUCUCUGAAAUGGAUAGAUCGAUUCAGCUGACAUUUUGUGUUGAUGUUUGUUAAGAUAAGGUGAUUCAAGUUUGUUUAAGGAAUUAAACUUUGAAAUCAAAUAUGGCUGCCAGUGGCCAUAUUGGAAAAUACAAAAGUGAGUCAUUCAUCAUAAACAUCAUCCCCUCAGUGGGCCAAUGAAUCUAACACUUGACAUGCUUGUUCUCACAAAUGAUGAUAUCUGAAUAUGUUUAAGAGGUUCAAAUCUGAUUUCAAUAACAGCACCUGCAACCAAUUCUUUUUUGAACGUAUAUAAGGUUCAGAGUUGAAACUAGGUGUAAAAUAAAAUUAGCGGUUGUGUAUUGCAGCAAUGUUCUGCGUUAAUAUGUUCCAUCUUGCAGACUUAGAAACAUUUCGAAAAUUUAGUUUUUUGUUUGUUGAUAAUUUUGUCCUCGAUAUUUAUACUGAAAAUAUUUGAAUAGCAAUGCUGACAGCAAUUUUUAUAAAGAGGCUCUGUUUGUUGCAGUUGUAAAUGUUGACUACAGUAUCAGGUGAGCUACAGUGCCUUGGCACUUUUUUUUAUGUUAUCAAAGGAUUUCUGGUUAAUUCUAUAAAAGAUUUUGUUUUCAACAGAGUGAUACUGAAGAGGCUUUACAGACAGUACCUACUCAAACAUUACCAUGCUUCCCAGACAGGCAGAAAAAUAUCACCUUGCAUUUCAUGUUGUCCAGUGUUUAUGACCAGGAACAAUAAUUUCAAGAAGUGGCCAGAAUAAUAUAUUUUAUUUUAUUAUGGAAAGUACACCCUACAUUUUGUAAAAUAAUCAAUAAAAUGACAUAAGAAUUAAUGUUUAAUGUUGUGCAUAUUUCUGUUUUAAAUUUUGUUACAGCUUCCAUUUCAAGAGAUGUUUUUCAGACCACAAGUCUCACUUUGAUAUCUUUAAAAGUAUAUGUCCCCUAUCAUGGCACUAGGUCGGGGCACAUUGAUUUAGAAAAAAAAUUAAAAAGGAAAUCAGGGAAUGUUUGAAUUAUUUUUCAAGAUGACUAUAUUAUUGUGAUGGAAGUACAUUUUUGAGAGGCAUAUUAUUAUCUUCUCCAGUUGUCCUCUGUUACAAAGCAGGUCACUGGUGAAUUGAAGUUAUCAAGUUCCAGGCAAGCACACAAGCAUGGGAUGUAUCAUUCAGGAUCAUCCUGAAUCAUAUGUCCUGUUCCUAUUAAAAUUUGUCUAUGAUAUAAUUUUUUCGUGAUUUAUAUUCUUGAUGUCUUUUCUUUCAAUAAAAUUGUUCAAAUAUC